AUUUCUAACGACAAUAAUGUCCAACGGUUCGAUGCCUUACUCACACAAGGAUGCACAUAUACAUUGUAUAGAGUGGCAUUUUGUCUAAACCGGGAGGAACUUCAAUUUCGCAAUAUUGGUCAUGGGCUAGAGUUGGGAUUGAUAACACAUACUAUUGUGGAUCCAUUCACGAAGCCAAUCCAAUUUCCUCCAUUUCCAAAGUAUCUUAUGCCAUUUCAUGAGGUUUACCAACAACCGCAUAAGACAUUCGUAGAUGUUAUUGGCAUAGUUCUUCAUUUGGAACCAUUAAAGCAUAUCGGUGGAAGACCGUAUAGAGAAGCUGUACUAAUGGAUUCUAGGUGGGAUCUAAUCAUCGUGGGGGUAUGGACUGACCUCUUGCAAAGAAAUGCUCUACGAUGGUCGUUAGCUAGAGUUGACAAGAACAUAAUUAUUGGAACUUUGCUGCGUUGUAACCAUAAUCACAGGUGCUUGGAAACCUCGGACCACAGCACUAUUCAUUUCAACCCGGAUCAUCACACUAAAUACCGCUUGAAGACAAUUCGUCGUUCGUUGAUUGACAAUCCAAGGAGUCGUUUCAUCGACAAAUUUCUAGAGAACAGACGAGCACAUUUGGCGACUGUAACAUCGGAUUGAGACAUGUGUUCUAGCUUGUUAUAGUAGAAUACUUUGUUAGUCAUGUAUCAGAUGAAACUUAUUAAUAAUGAUUUGUGUUCUGUUUUUA